ACACAUUCUUUGUUUGAGGGCCAAAUUUCUCCAAAAAGUUUUGAGCACUGGAGCCGUCUGGUUAAUACAGCAUGAUCUCAGAUUGGAGUUCUGCAAACCUCUGAUGUGAUAGACUGGAAUUAAGAUCUCAUUGACAAAGUUGGUUAAUCCUUUCAAGGAAUUCACACAGAAAAACAAGUCUUGAUCCAGUUUAUUCCACAUGGUGAAGGGGAGAGACUCCGGGAGUCUCACGUUACACAAGACAGUAAUGAUUCAUUGACAGAAAGCAUCACAUCUUGAGUAGACACUGAACGUCAAGAACCAGAGAUGAAAUUGGUUGCAUUUCUGGGGUGCUUCAUGCUCGCUUUUGCAGCUGUGGGAGCCACAAUACAGCCGAGAGAACCUGGUUGGUCUGGUUCACUUUUAGUGGUCCCGAUGGAUGGGAGUCACUGGACUGGUGUGAAAGCUGUAGCGCAGGAGAUGGGCCGCAGAGGACACAAAGUGAUGGUGGUCAUUCCAGAGGUCAGUGUACUGUUAGGACCUGGAAAAUACUACACUACUAGAACCUUUCCGGUUCCAUAUGGAAAGCAACAACUAGAUGAACUACAAGCUCGGAAUGCUGAAGUAAUGGAGAGUAAGCAGCUGCCUUUGUUGGAGAAGAUCAGCACCAGGAUUAGUAACAUGAGAAAAUUUGUGGACCUCCAAAGAGCCACAGCUGAGAGUCUCCUAUUGAACCAACAGCUGGUGGACUUCCUGAAGAAGCAGAACUUUGAUGCCGUACUCACCAGCCCAGCUGUACCAACUGGGGCCAUCCUUGCUUAUAACCUCUCCUUACCUGCUGUGUAUAUGUUGCGAGGCUUACCUUGCGGGCUAGACUCGACGGCCACUGCCUGUCCGAGCCCUCCCUCUUACAUACCACGGUUCUUUACAAACAACUCGGACCGUAUGUCGUUUCGUCAACGUGUGCUGAAUGUUCUAGUGAGCACCGUAGAGCCAUUGCUUUGCAGACUGAUAUAUUGGUCAACUGAGGGUGUAGCAUCCCGUUUCCUGCAGAGAGACGUAAGUGUGGCAGAGAUCCUGCGCAGUGGAGCCCUGUGGCUGCUGCGGUAUGAUUUCAGUUUGGAGUUUCCUAAACCCUUGAUGCCCAACAUGGUUCUAAUCGGGGGGAUUAACUGUGCCAUAAAAAACCCUCUUACUAAGGUGAGUGCAAAAUCUUAAGGCUGGUCCUACACAACUAGCUCCUGCUCAGGACCAGCCUAAACCAGCUCAUGACCAACUAAGGACCAGCUCAAACCAACUGCUAUGCUUCUACAAGCCCAUGCUGGUUUUUUCAACUGGGUAGAUGGAUAGUUCACCAAAAAAAUGAAAAUUCUGUAAUUAUUUAUUCACCCUCAUAUCGUUCCAAACAUUUAACAUAGUUAAACUUACAUGGUUUUUGCACUUCGUCAAGUUGAAUAAAGAAUGUGCUUUUGCCUGGGAAGCUUCUGA